AUGCCAGUACAAAAGAAUGUGAGACUGCCACGAUGGGCAACCCUGAUGCGACCAGAGGAGGGUCCCAAGAUAUCGGUAUCCACGGCGGUAGAAAAUGCGCGAGAUGACGAGCAUCUGGAAGAGCUAGAACUGGAGACACGGCAAGAAGAAGCAUUGUACAUGCGAAAGCGUUGUUUCCACAUCCUAUCUCAAGAAAUGGAUCAAUGCCUGGCACAGGUUUAUCGAGAUACAACGAAACCGUGUCUGGACGCCCUGCAGGAUUUUCUGGACGCAUCAGCUCCUCCGCGCGAAUUGAGACACUCCAAGAGUGACAGUGACAAUGACAAUGACAAUAAAACAGAGUCCAAUAAUGGCGGGGCGCUAGCAAGCCGAAAGCGGCAGAGACUUGACUUCUCGUCGGAAUCAGAAGCUUCCCCUGGUUCAAACACUCUCCUGAAAGGCUUGGACUCUGCUUUGUUUGAUCAGCAGCAAGAGCCAUGGGCGCCACAGGACCCUUUGCUGCUACCAAUUUUCCUUAUCCAAUGCCCUUUCUUUUAUGGGCAGGACCGAAACACUCAGGUGGACCAAUUGGUUCAGAGCCUGAGAGAUGCUCGCAAACGCAGUGCAGUCAUCAAAGUGGAAAGAAAGACUUCCGCAGGUGGCAAACAGCGACAAGGAAUUUGGAUGAAGGAGCUGGUACAGCAAUGCCACAAUCUAUUACCAGUUCUGAUGAUGGAACCUCUACGCAAAAGAAUUGAAAAGCGUCGAAAAAAGAAAGCAUGUACUUUCUCCGAACAAUUUUUGCUGUGGGCGCAAAAUGCUCCUUGCUAUGAUGAACUUGUCGUCUUUUUGAAUAUUGAUGAUAGCUUUUACAGCGCCGAGUUGCAAGACUUACUGCAUGUUCUUGCCAGCCUUAGGGCUGAGCAUGGGAUCCCCAUUAAUGUCGUCAUGAUGGCUCCACACGAUGGGAGGAGAAGCAUGGAGGUAAAUUCAAAUAUAGUGGGAUACGCUGGUUUCAAUGUCCGAUCCGAGACUCUUCCGUCUCCGGAUGACAUUUGUGAGCAAUUUCGAACAGCAUUGUGGAUCCAUCGAAAGUUUCCAGUGAUGUUUCCACAAGAAGUAUUUGAAAAAGUGGAAGAGUCGUACACACAACAGAACCAGUCGGUGCACUGCGUAGUAGCCAAGUACAGGAUUGCAUUGGCUCACUAUUUUGCUGAUGAUCGGUCUCUUCUGUCUGUAAUCAACCAUGAAGCCAUACAGUCAAAACUCUGGAAAAGAAUCGCAUGGUUUCUAGUGGAUGAAAAGGCGCGAUGCGUCCUCUUGAACGAAAAUGUUGCACCCUCCUCGACAGUGAUGUUCAACAAUAUACAAGGAAGGAAAAUACGGGAAGAGCAAGCGCGCAUUGUGCUUGAGCUGAUGGGAUCCCUGAGACAACGGCAAAAAGGAAACCAAAGGCAGUACUUUCGCAAGGGGCUAUUCAAUCCACUUUUCCAAGGUUCCCUCAAAGGGUUGUCUCGCCGAGAUAUGUUGGAAGAGCUCGCGAUGUUGAGGAAGAAGUUCACAACUCCCGCUGCACUUGGUGAUGUAUUGUCAGGCGCUGAUGAAGUGAAACUACAGCCUCGAGUUCUCCUGACCAAGUAUGCGACCUCUGAGAAGCUUUCAGCUUGUUUGGAGCAUUCUUGUGACCAAGACCGGCAACUACUUGACAAAGGACGGAUGGUACUUGACGAACUGAUUGUAUUGGUUGGAAAGUCUCGUGAUGGAGACGACCUGUCCGAAUUGGACCAAUUAUUGGCCCAUUGGGGGUCUCUGAGCGAAGCAGCUAACUCACUUUCUUCCAAGGAGAAUGAGCGGUCCACAGGGACUUGUCACUUUGCCUUCCCGGCAAUUUCAUCGGACUGUAUCGUUUCGUCGGAGCCCCGAAGGGAAACUGUGGAUGCGAUAGUGCAGGUCCUUUUUCAUCCUUCUGAGAAGCCUUCUCCGUCAGCAGCCUACAUAGCGUCGACGAUGUACGGGCUGAUACAUGACCGAGUUGCUGUGACGCAAGAGGAUUGGUACGAAGAGUUUUGGCAGUCGAUGGGGGACUUUGACUGCGACCGUGAAGGCUCCUUUGGUCUCUUCUCCAUCGGGUUGCGCUUUCUGAAACAAACAGGUUUGAUCACGGAAAAGCUACGAGUUGGAAGCCGGAGCGAUAUUCUCUAUGAAAGAUGCAAGUUGGUUUGGUGUGGUGGUGGACAGUGA